UUUUUUUUUUUUUUUGAUUUUUUUUUCUGAAGCAUUUUUUUUUUACAAAAGAAUGAAAUCUCCGUCGAUUAUAAAAAAAACAAUGGCUCCCGCUGGCAAAGCUCCUGCUAAGACUACCGAAAAGAAGUCCAAGUCUGAUAUCAAGAAGAGAAAGUCUAGCCGUAAGGAAUCUUACUCUUCUUACAUUUACAAGGUGUUGAAGCAAGUUCACCCUGAUACUGGUAUCUCCAACAAGGCUAUGUCCAUCUUGAACUCUUUCGUGAACGAUAUCUUUGAACGUAUUGCUUCUGAAGCUUCCAAGUUGGCUGCCUAUAACAAGCGUUCCACUAUUUCUUCUCGUGAAAUUCAAACUGCUGUUCGUCUCAUCCUUCCUGGUGAAUUGGCCAAGCACGCUGUCUCUGAAGGUACCAAGGCUGUUACCAAGUACACCUCUUCCAAAUAAAUGAUAUCCUCUCUCUGGUUUUCUCCAUUUUCCCCUCCUUUUUCCAUUAUUAUCCAUUCAAAACAUAUUUAGUUUUUUUAGUUGCUAUUUCGUCAUUCAUCUCAUCUCUCUCUCUCUCCCUCCUUUUAUAUUGAUGUUGCGUUUUCGCACAUUUGUACAGAAAAAACAAGAUAGUCUUCUUUUUUAUCAUUAGUCUUUGUGAAUAUCCCCUG